AUGGAGCUGAGGCUGCAGCAUGUCAAGGCCUUCCCGGCUGCUGUCUGCCCUGGAGGUCACUGGGGCCUCUGCCUGGGAGGGGGUCCCCGCUACCCACAGCCAGGUCGCCAUUGCCCCCUGGAGGCCCUGUGCAGGGCCUGGCCUCAGCGUGUCCGCAGCUGCGGUGGGGGCUGCGCCUGGGAAGGAGGCCGGCCUUCCUCGCAGGGGCUGCAAGGGUCGGCGGCAGACGGCUGGGAGACAGCGAGGAGGCAGGACAGGCCCCCCAUCCUGCAGAGUGACGAGAACGGGGUCCUCCUCACCGAGGGGUGCGAGUGGGCCGUUUUCCGACUGGCGCAUCCGGGGGUGAUAACGCAGAUAGAAAUCGACACGGAGCACUUCAAAGGUAACCCCCAGGCCCGGCCUAGCUCGCUGACGCCCGAAGGCGUCGGGACCGAGGCGGUGGGUGGGGCGCGCCAGCCUGGGCCCGCCGGCCGCCUGCCUGUCUUUCAGCUCUCGCCCAACGCGAGCCACUCGCUGGACAGCCUGACGCUGGAGCUGCAGGACGUGGUCACGCACGCGCGCCUCACCAUCGCCCCCGACGGCGGCGUGGGCCGUCUGCGCCUGCGCGGCUUCCCCAGCUCCAUCUGCCUGCUCCGCCCCCGCGAGAAGCCGGCCAUGAGGUUCUCUGUCAAGACGGGGUUCAGGGCGAACUUCUGAGCCCACCCGGACCACGAGCGUGGCCCAAGUGCCGGGUCCGCGCAUGCGAGGGGCCGCGGGGGACCUUCCUGAGAUGAAUAAAGAGGC